UUCGAUUUCAUCGUCACUUCUCUCAUUUGCUGUGUGCGGUUACGCUUCUGUCUCUCUCUCUGGUCACAGCCCGAACCUCAGUUCCGUUCUGCACCGUAGAGAAUGGCCACCGACGAUCUCCGAUUCUUCGAGUUGAACACCGGAGCAAAGAUACCUUCAGUUGGUUUGGGCACCUGGCUCGCUGAACCUGGCGUUGUUGCUCACGCUUUGACCACUGCAAUAAACGUUGGGUACCGGCACAUAGAUUGCGCGCAAAUUUAUGGCAACGAGAAGGAGAUUGGUGAUGCCUUGAAGAAGUUGUUUGCUGAUAAUGUAGUUAAGCGUGAAGAUAUGUUUAUCACCUCCAAGCUAUGGUGUAAUGAUCACUUGCCGGAAGACGUUCCAAAGGCUUUUGAAAGAACUUUACGUGAAUUGAAACUGGACUAUUUGGAUCUCUACCUUAUUCAUUGGCCAGUGAGUGUAAAAGACGGAAAGCUUACCAAACCUGACAUACCUAGCACUUGGAGAGCAAUGGAGGCACUCUACAAUUCUGGAAAGACUAGAGCUAUAGGGGUCAGCAAUUUCUCUGUAAAGAAGCUUCAGGAUCUGUUGAACGUAGCAAAUGUGCCUCCAGCCGUUAACCAAGUGGAAUUGCAUCCUUCAUUACAGCAACCCAAAUUGCAUGCUUUCUGUGAAUCCAAGGGAGUGCACUUAUCAGGUUAUUCACCUCUGGGAAAAGGAUACGGUGAAAGUAAUAUACUUAAAAAUCCAGUGCUGCUCACGACGGCAGAGAAGUUAGGGAAGACUCCAGCCCAAAUAGCUCUAAGAUGGGGACUACAAAUGGGUCACAGUGUACUUCCUAAGAGUACAAAUGAUGCUAGGCUCAAGGAAAACUUUGAUCUGUUUGAUUGGUCUAUACCUGCAGAUUUGCUUGCCAACUUCUCUCACAUCGAGCAGGAAAGAAUAGUUACAGGAAUUGAAUUUGUUAGCAAGACAUCUCCUGGAUACAAGACAACUGAAGAACUCUGGGAUGGUGAGUAAAGAACUGUUUUCGUAAUACCCAUUUUCUUUUCUCGGACUUUAGGCAAAAUAAAGGUAUCUUUGUGAUUAUUGUAAUAAUUUACAGAGAAAAUGUUAUAUGCACAUCUUUCGAUCUUCCUACUUCAUUGAGACACUUAAUAAAAAAAUAAUACUUUUACUGUUGAGUUCA